ACUAGCUAGACAUUUUUUUUCAAACGGCCAUUCUCCUUUCUUUCUUAGCUGCAGCUCCGCUCUCUCAUGGGGUCGCCGGAGAUUGAGAAAGAUGAACCUGUGACGCCGGCCGGCCGGCUAUUUCUCAGGCCAGAAAUGGACCAGGUCAUCAAUUGUGUUAUUGGGGCCAAAAAUCCCUUUGAUGUGGACGCCGUGAAAAAGGAGAUCACCAACUCAAUGAUGCUGAAGCACCCUAGAUUCUGUAGCCUCAUGGUCAGGGAUCGCCAUGGAAGAGAGUACUGGAGAAAAACCGAAAUCGACAUCGACCGCCACAUCAUCAUCCUGAAUGACUCCCUCGACGGAGAUAACGACGAAGAUGCCGUCAACGGUUAUUUAGCCGAUCUGUCGGUUUCGUCUCCUCUCAGCACCGAUAAACCUUUAUGGGAAAUUCACUUCCUGACGGCCCACAAGUGUGCUGUUGUUCGAAUCCAUCACGCCUUGGGCGAUGGGAUCUCCCUCAUGUCACUGCUUCUCGCCUGUUUCCGGCGGUCCGAUUGUCCUGAUCAGCUGCCCACCAUGGGCUCCUCCAGCCAGCCGAAACCGAGGAACAGCAGGAGACGCAAUCGGCUGUGGGAGCUACUGAACAUAGCAUGGUUUACCUUGGUAUUUGUGGUGGAGUUCAUAAUAAGGAGUUUGUGGGUCAAGGACCGGAAAACAACGAUCUCCGGUGGUGCCGGUGUGGAGCUGUGGCCGCGAAAGUUGACGACGGCGAAGUUCCUGCUAGAUGACAUGAAGACGGUCAAGAAUGCGAUUCCCAACGGGACUAUUAACGAUGUUCUUUUCGGGGUGAUAUCAGCUGGCCUAUCUAGAUACUUGGAUCAUCGAGCACCAAAUAUAGAAUUGCGGGAGGGGAUUCAAAUGACGGGGGUGGCCAUGGUCAACUUAAGAAAACAGCCAGGGUUGCAGGAAAUGGCGGAGUUGAUGCAAAGCAAGUCAGGAUCCCGGUGGGGUAACAAGUUCGGUAUGCUGCUCCUGCCUGUUUAUUAUCAUAAGGGCCUUGUCGGUCCCCUAGACUAUAUCAAGAAAGCUAAGACAGUGAUCGAUAGAAAGAAACAGUCUUUAGAGGCUUACUUCUCAUACAAAAUUGGCUACUUUGUAAUGAACUUCUUGGGAUCAAAGAUCGCUUGCGUGCUUAAUUACAGGAUUGUCUGCAACACCACUUUCACAAUCUCAAAUGUUCUUGGCCCAGGAGAGGAAAUCACAAUUGUGGGCAACCCUGUCACUUACAUAAGGGCCAAUUCCACGGCCUUACCCCAUGCAAUCACAAUGCACAUGGUGAGCUACGCAGGAAGGGCUGACUUGCAAAUCCUUGUCGCCAAAGACAUCAUCCCGGACCCGAAAUUUCUGGCCAAGUGCUUCGAGGAGGCCUUACUCGAAAUGAAGGAAGCGGCAGCAGAAGCCACAAGUAGAAGCUAGAAUGGAAUUUCAAAGAUACUUCGCAGAUAAAUAACACGACAAAUAAACAGUUUUACAUGAAUUCUUUAGCUCUCUCCCUUCUCAAAUAAUUAUACCAAUCACACAAUUUCAGCAAAUUGCUUAUUGGGAUCCCGAAUACGUCUCCUUUGUUGUAACGUAGUGAAACCUUAAGCUGUAUUUGUGACUAAAUUCAAGGGGAAAAUGGCUUCCAAUGCCAAUUUUUGGACUUA